AUGUCACAAGGUAAUAUUUGCGACGAUAAACUAAAGCCAAUUGAAGAUAAAGAAAUGCUAAAAAAUCUUAAAUUAACCAAUAAUUACAAUAAUAAAGGAUUACUAUCUUCAAAAAAAAAUGUCAAGGGAAAAGUUAUCAAAUGUAGACCAAAGAAGAGGAAUAUUGCUGCUAAGGUAGUUAAAAACUUUUCAAGAAUAGAAGACGAUAUAAGAAUUACAGGUAUGGAUCCAACAAAUAAUUCAAUGAAGGUGUUUGAUGAAGAAUUUAAUAAGUUGAUAGGUGAUUGUGGUAUUGAUUGGAUUCAAGAGGAGUUUUCUUGUCUUGAAGAUACAAUUACAGAGGAAAUACCAGUAGUGGGCCCUAUAUCUAUGUGUGAUGAUACUUUUGGCGAACUAUUCUUCGGUAAUACUGAAAGGGAUCUUUGUAAAGACUCUGAUGAGCUUUCAGGUAAUUUGAGAGAUAUUAAUGAUAUUAAUGAAUCAUUUGAGACGAUAGAUAGUAGUUUGCUAUUCGAAAACCAUGCUGAUAUCAUUAGAGAUACUUUAGAUAUUACAAGCGAAGACUUGACAAUACAAGAACAACAAAAUGUGUUGGAAUCAAAACAAUCACCAGAUAUUACUACCGUGUCACAAAAUUGUUUCAUAAAUGAUAUGAUUUCAAAUAAUGUUUCACAGAGUGAUGCAUUCUUUAUUUUUGAUGUUUUAGUUUGA